AUGAAAUUUGAAGAGUUUCAGCUUAAUAAACUUUGGCGAACUAGCCUUAUAAUUCUCAUUGGUUUGCCAAUAUUAUGUUUUUUCUUUCAAGUUGAGAAAGAUGAAAUAUUAGUGAAAAUAUCUUUACAAGUUACUAAUUUAAUCGAACAUAAAAUUUAUUAUAUCGCAAAUUCGGUCCGCAACAUCAAUUUUUUCCCUAAUGAAAACUUUGAUCAUGUUCUUCAUUUCAGAGAUAAUUAUAAUUAUCCUGAUACUAUUAAAAAAUUUAAUGGAAAAUUCCCAAAUCAACAAUUCCCUCCUUACAGUUUACCAAUCGAUUGGCAGUCAUACAAUAUUUCAUAUGCCUUUUUAAGAAAUGUGCAUGUUUCACGUUCUCCUUCAAUAAUUACUCCCAAAGGUAGAUAUGCAGACACACCAUUCCAUUGGCUUCCUCAAAUUCAAGGUCCAACUACUGGAAAAGUAGUUUAUCAUUUCGACUACGCAAUUGCACCAGGACACUCUUUCUGUGAUAGCUUCGGGCAUUUUCAUAUUGAUUAUUUCCCAUGCAUACUUAUAAUGCCUCAAAAGAUUAUCAAAACCUAUAAAAUUCUCAAUGUACCAAAUCUCGAAUUUAUUCAUGAAGCUUUCGUUAUAAUUGGUGUUCCCAGAGAGAACCGAAUCCCUCCACUACAAAUCAACGAACUCGCAUUCUGCGACAUAGUAAUUUAUCCUUUUACUAUGAAUUACUAUGAAUUAUGCCGCAAGGUUUUCCCCAAAUUAUGA